UCACAAACGUUAUUAUCUGGUCUCCACUCACUUUUUUCAUUCUUCUGCUGAUAGGAAAUAAUAACUCGACGAGAAGAAACGAGUCUGCUCAUCUGCUGCAUGAGCUUCUGCUUCUCUUUCUUUCUCCUUUUCCCCUCUUAGGGUUUUCAUGCUUUCUCACUGAUUCCAAAUGGCCUGUGCCAGCGACGAGAGGAGGUCACCGUUCUUCCGAACGCUCUCUACCUGCCUUGUUCUGGAAGAAGAAGAGGGGAAGGGGGAGGAAGGAAAGAUGAAGAUUUCUGAUUCAAAAUCCAUGGAAUAUCGUCUCGAGAGGACGUUUCCUGUUUAUGCGAUGGGAAAUUCUAACUCCGACAUGAAUUCAAUUUCGUUGAUCAACAAUUUCGAUCCAUCCAUGACCGAUCCAAUUUGGGAUGAAGUGAUGGCAGAGGCAAAGUCGGAGGCAGAGAAGGAGCCGAUUUUGAGCAGCUUCUUGUAUGCUAGUAUUUUGUCACAUAAUUGUUUGGAACGAGCUUUGGGAUUUGUUCUUGCUAAUCGACUCCAGAACCCUACUCUCUUAGCUACACAGCUAAUGGAUAUAUUUGACGAUGUAAUGAUGCAUGAUAUAGGUAUUCAACGCUCAAUUCGCCUAGAUUUGCAGGCAUUUAAAGACAGGGAUCCUGCAUGUUUGUCAUAUUGCUGGGCCUUGUUAUAUCUAAAGGGUUACCAUUCUUUGCAAUCAUAUCGUGUAGCACAUGCCUUGUGGAACCAAGGACGGAAGGUUUUGGCUUUGGCACUGCAAAGUAGAAUAAGUGAGGUUUUUGCAGUUGAUAUACACCCAGCUGCAAAAAUUGGACAAGGAAUACUAUUGGAUCAUGGAACAGGUGUGGUUAUUGGUGAGACUGCUGUUGUAGGAAAUAGAGUUUCAUUAAUGCAGGGUGUGACAUUAGGAGGAACUGGGAAGGAAAUUGGAGAUCGUCAUCCAAAAAUAGGAGAAGGUGCACUGAUUGGAGCUAAUGCAACUAUACUUGGCAAUAUUAAAAUAGGAGAAGGAGCUAUGGUUGCUGCUGGUUCACUUGUACUGAAGGAUAUCCCUUCACACAGCAUGGUUGUAGGAACGCCAGCAAAGUUGGUUGGAUUUGUAAAAGAGCUAGUCCCAUCUCUAACAAUGAAGCAUGAUGCCACGAAGGAGUUUUUCCAGCAUGCAACUGAGAACAAUAUGGAUGGGCGAUCCAAUGGACGUCCCAAGUCAGAAAAGAAAUGAUGGAGCACUCCAAAGGCACACAGAUGAUAUUCCUUGCUGAAACGUGGUCUUGACUUCUUCCAGCAAUACUUAAUGUAAUAAGUUUUUAUUUGUCACAUGUAAAAUUGCAAGAUAUGGAAAUAUAGUCAAUAUAAAAUUGAGUAGCUUGCCCGCCUUGCCCACAA